UUGUGCAUCUCUAAAAAACAAAUUUUUGAUAAAACAAAUUUAAGAGCAAAAAAGAAAGCUUCAGAUUUUCUCAGAUUUCUCAGGAACACUUCAUCUAAUUUCAGUGUACUUCAAUGGAACAAUGAAACGAUAAAUAUUUGGUCUCAUUUAUUAGGUUUCCUAUAUUUUGCUUGGCUUCAAUAUCAUGCGAUUUUUGAAGUUUUACCUCGUUUUGAUGCACAUUUUUCUGAUUAUUUAACCAUCAAUUUAUGUAUAUUUGGCGUUCAGUUGUGUAUGUUAUUAUCAGUAUCAUAUCAUAUAUUUGGAGCUGCAAAUAUAUCACAACGACGUGUUCUUCUACGAUUUGACAUGUUUGGUAUAUCAGCUGGCUUGAUUAGUAUAUAUCUGAUCGGAAUUUAUACUGCUUUUAUUUGCUUUCAGGAAUGGCAAACGAAUUAUUUCAUUCUCAUAGGAAUUCUGUCAGCAUUUACAGCAUCUUUGCCUCUAAAAGAAAACAUAAUUGACUCUAAAUUGAAUGGAGCUUGUUGUAUAGGGUAUCUUCAUAUAUGGUAUACAAGUGUUGCUAUAUUUAGUAUAGUACCCGCAGUACACUGGAUAAUGUUAAAUGGUGGGUUGCAUACUGAUGCAGUUAUGAAAUUAUUACCAAGGUUAUUCAUUCUCUACAUCUUGGCUAUGUUAGCUUUUGUAUUUUAUGCUUCGAUGAUUCCCGAACGUUUCUCACCUGGUAAAUUUGAUGUUAUUGGCUGCAGUCAUCAGUGGUGGCAUUUACUAAUUUUAACUGCGAUGAUAUAUUGGAUGAAUUCUGGCCUGGAAGUAUUAACUUAUUAUCGUAUGUUUCCAGAAGCGUGUCACAUGGAAAUCAUGCAAUCAUUUAACUAUACUACCUUAUGGUGUCUUCAUUUAUAA